AUGCAUUCAAAUAAGCGAUUGAUUGCCAACCAAGACCGGUCCGCUGUGCUUGGUGCCGUUGUGAGAGGCGCUCUCACCCCUAGCUCAAGUAUACAUACUUGCCGUUCUACACCAUUUCGACCACACACAGACGGACUGCGCUACCGGUGAACCUUGUGCAGUCUGGCGCAACGAGCUGGCCUGCCCAAUGCUUGGUGUCACACAAGCCUAUGGCUCUGGCGGCAACCCGAGCAGACAGAACGACCCUUGA